UUGACAUCAUUGAGUGAAAUUUCGACAAUUUGCAUUUAAUUUAUCUUAUAUAUUGUUCAAAUUAGUAAUUUAUCUAUAUUGCAUCCGAAUCCGCUACUAAAUUUUUAAAAUCGUUACAAUUUGUUGAACUUUUAGAAAGUUAAAUGGAAAUUUCAAAUGGCGUUUUGGAGCGACACAGAACCAGUGGUGAUGGAAUGGAAGAAGAGCAAACUAAUACGUGUAAGGAAGCAAACGUCAAAUCUCGUUAUGCCGUUCGUCGACCAACUAGUGCUACCAUACAUGAAAAUGUUCACAAAAAAUCCACAAAUAACAGUUCAACAUGCCUAAACGACCAACUCCUACAGUCUGGACUGCAAACACUUUAUCGCCGAUACGAAGGACCAUGUAGUCUUGCACCAGUCUUACCAGGAGGUAAAUUGAUUCAAAUGAUUCCUCAUUUAGUCAAAUCAGCCAAAGCCACGGGUACACAUAAGAAAAAUAAACCUCCAAAAUUUAUACCAUAUGAGCCAUAUACAGGCGCAACAAGUUCCAUCGUAUCUACUCCAAACCCAAAAACAGCGAUGAAAAAUAAAAAUAAUUUAGAUAUUGGAGUACUUGUAAGUCAAAUGUCAACAAUGCGUUCCAAAGAAUUAGGCGAUAAGAACAGCGAGGAAUAUUGUGGCAACAGUUCUUUGGAUGUUAAAUUUGAGAAACUAAGAGAAGAACUCAGGAAAAUUACGGAGGAACGAGAUUAUUACCAAGGACAAUUUAGAUUUCAAACCCAAGUUAAUUCUGAGUUAAAAAAUUUGUUGGUAGCAUCUGUAGGUGAAGAUAUGCAGUCACAUGUUAAUGUGCUCACAGAAGACAAACUUCAGUUGGCACGGGCCUUGUUAGAUACCGCGAAAAAUUUAACAACGCACACGGAGCAAAUUGAGUUUCUUGCGGGCCAGUGCGAAGUGUGGCGUUCCAAAUUUCUUGCUAGUAGCGUUAUGGUAGAAGAACUAGCACGAUGGAAAGCUGACCUAAUGCAGAAGAACCAAAUACUUGAAGAAUCCACUAAGCGAUUACUCCACGCAACACAUCAAAUCCGAGAAAUGCAGCUAGAAAUCUUAAAAAAUUUAAAAUUUGUUGCAAAGAUUCGUUAUCUAAACCUUCCAAGUACUGAUGUAAUUAACCUUAGUGCCGAAAAUUUAAAUAUCGUACAUCAAAUGGUACUGCACUCUGGUGUUGGAAUUCCCGAAGGUGACAUAGACAUUUUGAGCACUAGUAAAAAUCCUCUUUGUGAUGCUGAAAAAUAUGCAGUAAAGUCCUUACAAUUCAUUAGUCAGCCUUUAAUGGCUACGGAUGAAGCGAUAAAAGCUCUUUUUGAACAAGUCCAGCGACCAUAUAGUGGAAUAAAUACACAUAGUUAAUUGAGAUUUUUUCUUCUGAGUAGAAAGGUUUUAAACUUUAUUAUUUAUUAGGUUGUAUACAUAAGUGCAUUUUUUGCACUUGAUUUAAUAAUUCAAAAAAAUUUCGUAAAUUCGAAUUACUCCAAAAGAUGGUUUUAGUGUUUGUAUCUGUGCCUAAGUACGGAAUUGGUUGAUUGACUCAGUGUGUUGUUUGAGUAUGAGAAACUUUCGUCCCUUAAUAAAACGGGCAGCGGCAAUUUACUAUGAAAAAUUCCUCAUGCUGCGCUGAACGUUGAAAAAUUCAAGUCUAACAUCGCUUUAAAAAUGUUUUUAAUUUUUCUUCAAAAUUCAUUAACACGCGAUAUUUAAUGCUUGGAUAUAGUAUUUUUAAUAAAUUAGUUCAUUCUGCAUUUAGUUUCAAUUGUACUAAUUUUAGAAUUAAAGUGAGAAUUUGAAUUCCAGUAGAAACUUUGCAAGCUAGUAUCAUAUAGUAGUUAUGAAACAACCUUAAUCAUACUAUACAUAUAUACCAAUAUAAUUUUUUUCAAGUUUAAAA